AUGGAAGAAGUCCCUGAGUUGGACUUUAUGGAGGAGCUGAUGCCAUCUUUGGAGGAGAAUUUUCCUAAUGAAGAGACGAGAACGGGGAUGGAGCUGAGUAAACUGGAAAGCAAUUUUGAAGCAGAUGGAUCAGAAUAUUUGAUGAAGGAGGAACCAGGAAACCACAAAGUGAUGGAAGGAGAAGCUCGGGGGAAGAAGAACAUCAUGGAGCCGAGUGUUACCAACUACGCUCAGGGAAAGGAGUCGUUUUAUUUUGCUGGUCAUGACAUCAGCAUCCGCGAGUCCAUAGAUACUUAUGGCGCUCUGAUCUGGCCUGGGGCGAUAGCUCUGUGCCAGUUUUUGGAGAACAACCAGCAACAAGUGAACCUGAUGGACAAGGCGGUGCUGGAGAUUGGAGCUGGGACUGGUUUGCUCUCUAUAGUGGCCAGUCUGCUGGGUGCUAUGGUAACAGCUACAGACCUGCCUGACAUCUUGUCUAACCUGACCUUUAACCUCCAGCGGAACACCAAGGGUCUCCACUACACCCCUCAGGUAGCCAGACUUACCUGGGGCCAGGACCUGGAGAGAGACUUUCCCCACCCGUCCCACCAGUAUGACUACGUCCUGGCAGCCGAUGUGGUCUAUCCCCAUGACUGCCUAGAAGAACUGUUGGAAACCAUGCGCCACUUCUGCAGACCAGGAAGUAGAACCACGCUGCUGUGGGCCAACAAGAUCCGGUUUCAGUCAGACUUGAGGUUCGCAGAGAGGUUUAUGAGCAGCUUUCACACGUCCAUGCUCACUGAGCUCCCACAGCAGGAGAUAAGGAUAUACAAGGCCACAGCAAAGGAGUAACAGAAGAGCACCUUUAACAGUUUUGUUUUAAAUACUGAGAAAAGAGAGAAUUUGAUUUCUGCU